AUGGAACUUCUUAUAUCGAAAGGCGCAGAUGUCUCGGUGGUCGACGAUGAGAGGCAAACACCCCUUAACUUAGCUUCAAUGAGUGGCAAUACCAAGGCAGCUCGGCAGCUUAUCGACAGAGGAGCUGAUAUAUCACACGAAACAACAGCUGGUUUCACACCACUCUCGAUGGCUUCUAGCAGAGGACAUGUUGAAUUGGCCAAGCUUCUUAUUAAAAGGGGUGCGGAUGUUAAUCAGGUGGUGGCCAACGGCCCCCCUCCGCUUUUGCUGGCCGUGUGUGACGACCACUCAGAACUUGCCGAGUUACUGAUAGAUGAAGGUGCGGAACGCACUGGGAUUCAAAUUAAGGGCCAGGUGUUCUCAUUACUUGCCAUGGCAGCUGGAUAUGGACAUCUCAACACGGCGAAAGCUCUGAUCAGCAAGGGUUUUAAUCCGACGGAGGCCCAGCCAUUGCUUCUAGCUGCCUCCUAUGGUAGUUAUAGUGGAUUCUCAAGAGAUUUCAUCCCAGAAACAGCUACCACAUCGCCUGAUUUCCCUUGCUUAGCUUAUCACCAGGUACUAGAACUGCUGCUCCAAAGCGGCGCUGAUGUGAACACCAGUGAUGUGCGCGGUUAUACGCCACUCUAUAUGGCUUCAUUGGGCGGCUUUAUCGAUAUAGUGGAGAUUCUAACACAGAAGGGUGCUGGCUUAAAUGUCAAAACAGUUGCUGGAGAGACACCACUUCAUGCUUCCUCCGCGAUGGGGCAUUUGCGAGUAACGCAGCUUCUUAUCCAACACGGAGCUGAUGCCGCCUCUAAAGACAACUCUGGUCGUAAUCCUUUACAUUAUGCCUGUUCAUCCCAAACCCAAACGCUUGACGAGGCUGACCACUGGGGCUCGACACCUUUAUCCCUUGCAGCAAGAUUUGGUGGCGUUGGCAUCCUCAUGGCACUUAUUGAUACAGGCGUUGUUGAGGUCAAAUCCAGCGAUAUGUUCGGUAGGACGACGACAUGGUGGGCGACAAGCCACAAUCACGAUGCAGUUGCGAGGCUACUAGCUGGAACAGAUGGGCAUCGAGACCUGGGAACUGACGUAGAGGAGGGGGAGGCUGUCCAAGAACAGGGGCUAGAGAUGGGAACCUACUGCGACAUAUGCUGGUUAUUUAUCUCUGGUCAAACUCAUUACUGGUUGGUGGACAUGAUCUUUCCAAAUGUCACUACAGCCUCCCAACUACCUUACAGCCUUUUGCAUUACAGAAUCAUAGGCCGGACUUGCCAUCAAGCUAUCAAGAUGAAGCUGAUUUCGUCCCUCUUAACCACCAUGCUCGCCGGUAGCAUGGUGAGUGCCAAGUACACCGUCGAAAUCCCCGAUGAUGCGGUCUGGGUCACCAACUGGGACGAGUUACAUGCUGCCCCUCGAUUUGAAGGAGUUCUCCUCCCCAAAUACGGAGGCUUUGUUAUUGAAGUUGAUGAAAAGAUUGUCUUGGCUACAAAUGAACGGAUGAGUAAGGAAGUGUUCGACCUGCUCACGGAUUUGGAGAAGAAUGACCCGCAGCCUGAAGACGAGCAGCAGACUCCUAACAAGAGAGAUACAGAGAUUAGAGAGAUACACGAGCCAACCGAUCCUGAAGCAACAUGCUGUAGCAGUGAAGAUGGCAUCGCCUACAAAGACCUCUCCCCAGAGCAAAAAGAAAUAAGCGACAUUCUACGCAACAUGGAUCGCGAUCCUGAUCUAAUGGGCCUAGCAGACCUCGGCAAAGACGGAGUUUUCCGCUUCCUCGACGCUGAUCGCAACAUUCACUACGCCGUCCCUCUACGACCUGCACUUAUUAAAGCCCUUAUUGAUCGUCUACCUUAUGAUCCAGAAGUCGAGAAGUUCUGGCGGGGAGUCGAUGGGACGAAAGUGCCUGAAGAGCAGUGGUACAAUCCGCCAGAGGGGAUACUACCUCCGCCGUUGGCAGAAGAGGAGAGGAGGGAGGAGCGGGAGAUUAUGGAGAAGAACAAAGACAAGAUUGAUAAGAUUCGGGGGGAUCUGAAGAAUGGAAUUCAUCGCGAACGUCUUGUAUUUAUAGAAUCGGAUAAUAAGCUUGAGUAGAUCUGGUGUCUCACCAAUCAAGCGUUGAAUUGAGCUGCUAGGCGAGACAAGAAAACUCAGGACCUUUAUUAUCAAUGCCAAAAAGACUUGGG